UGAAAAACCUUUUUAUGUAAUAUAUUUAAAACUAUAAAUUCUUCACUGGGUUAGAAAAUGCCAACUGUCAAACGUCAUGGUAUGUUGACAGUUGGCAUAUUACAAGGUAUGAAGCGUUCUACCUACUAGAAGCAAUAAGCAUUCCCUCAGCUUAAAGAAGUGUACAUAAACAACCAUGGCAGACGAAGAGGUUAACGGAGACACUGACGAGAUACAACACGAAAAGGAUAAGACUCAGAAGAAAGCAGCAAAACACGACAGUGGAGUUGCUGAUUUAGAAAAAGUUACAGACUACGCCGAGGAAAAAGAAAUAUCAUCUCAAGAUAUAUCUGGUGCCUUGUCAUUAAUUGGAGACAGAAGAAACAAAGAAGCUGCCGAAAGACUGGAAAAAGAAAAAGAACUACAAAAAGUUUCAGUAAAAAAAGAUGACAUUGAAUUAAUUGUAAAAGAGCUGGAAAUAUCUCGUACAUUAGCGGAGAGAACUUUAAGGGAACACAGCGGGGACUUGGUAGCUGCAUUAAUAACUUUAACAAAUUAAUAUAACGUACUUUUGUAAUGAUAUAUUUUUUCAAUCUUGGAAUUUGUUUCCGGUGAUGUCAUCACCAUAUUUAGAAUGCCUAUUUAAGACGCUAAGUUCUUCAAUAAAUUUGUACAUAAAA